AUGAAGGGGUUCUUUGUGCUUGCGCUGUCUCUCACCUUGCUGAUUUUCUUCUCAGGGGCUUCUCCGAUUCUGACGGAAAAGCAGGCCAAGCAGCUCCUGAGAUCCCGGCGCCAGGACAGGCCGAGCAAACCUGGGUUCCCCGAUGAGCCCAUGCGGGAGUACAUGCACCAUCUGCUCUUCCUGGAACACCGUGCCGAGGAGCAGUUCCUGGAGCACUGGCUGAACCCACACUGCAAACCCCACUGCGACAGGAACCUGGUCCAUCCCAUCUAA